AGUAUGAUUUGUAAUUACUGACACGACGCUGGCUUUGUUUCCUUUUCACAAUUAAAUACAAUUUUCUGCAAUUUCUAAUAAGAAUUUCCCCCGGAAAGUUCUCAAAAAUCACCCCGUAGUGUUCCCUUUGCCCCGUGGUGUACGUGAAAAGUGCAAAAAGUGCGUGAAAAUGAGUGAAAAGUGAGGAAAUUAGGCUGAAUGGAGGCAUCCACACGGGAAAGUUAUUGAUUCUCCAUAAAAAAUGCCAAUCGCAGCUCCCACAAGUGAAUUGCAGUGAAAUUAAUCAUUCUCCGAGACAAUUCCGAGUGAUUGCGGUCACUGCCCUCACCGUCGUAUCGCUGAUCUUGUUCUUCGUCGCGUCUUGAUGCAUCAAAUGGUGAAUUCCUGGCGUGCAAAUAACUGUCAACACUUGUCACUGAGCUCACACCCCGCGGGGAGUGUAUUUGCCGCAAUAUCUGUAGCCCCUUGCCCACGACGUUCGGUAUGGAUGCGGAGUCCGUAAAGUCGGAGCAGAGUUCACGAUCGCGACGUACGACAAGGCAGCAAUCCGGGAGUCACAGGAGUAGACAUUCCCAUCGGAAUCACAAAGGGAAGCGCCCCGAUAUGGCACCCUUUCAGACCACCGUCAAUCUCGACGAUUCCCGCGACGGCCAGGAAAUCAUUGAGGUGCAAAUCCUGCCGCAGGAUGAGAAUUGGGGGGAGAACACCACCGCCGUCACGGGCAAUACGUCCGAGCAGAGUGUCUCAAUGGAGGAUGUUAGCAAUUGGCAGGGAGGCAGUGAGUCCGGCAUGGGGUUUGCCUGUCAGCGAUAUAUGGAGACCACACUGUCGCUCAUCCUGUGCCUUGUGGCCUACUUCAGUCCCCUGGCCAUGGUGAUGAUGCCCAAAUUGGGCUUUUUCUCUCGAGCCUUCGACAAUGCUGACCUCACUCCCAUUGCCAGGAGUCAGCUACUUGCCUGCAAUGCCGAAUGCAAAGGACAAUUGGUCUCCCUGGCUGUUCGAAUGAUCCUCCUGGCACUCGCUCUAUGGGCAAUCUUUCUACGGAAGCCAGCUGCAACACUCCCACGAAUCUUCUUGUUUCGUGCCACGGUGAUCCUCCUUGUUUUGGUCUCAACUUUCGCCUUUUGGCUCUUCUACGUGGUUCAAGUCACCGAGGGAACAAAGGCAAUCAUUGAGGGUGCCGAGGCGGCUGACUACAAAUCCCUCGUUGCCUUUGCCACAAGUUUCGCCGAUACUCUCCUCUUUAUUCACUACAUUGCGGUGAUUUUGCUGGAGGUUCGGCACCAGCAGCCCGUGUACUACGUGAAGGUGGUACGGAGCCCAGAUGGGGAGAGUCGUUCGUACACAAUUGGGCAGUUUAGUAUCCAACGGGCAGCUGUGUGGGUGCUGCAGAAGUACUACACGGAAUUCACAAUAUACAAUCCUUAUCUUGAGCGUAUUCCGGUGUCCAAAUCCCAACGGAAGGCGCUGUCAACGUUCAAAUACUACGACGUUGAUGGGGUGAAUGCGUCGCAGCAGCAGAGUCAAUCUCGUGCCGUUCUGGCGGCUCAUGCUCGACGGAGGGAUUCGAGUCACAAUGAGCGCUUCUACGAGGAGCACGAGUACGAACGGCGGGUGAAGAAGCGACGUGCGAGGCUCAUAACAGCCGCCGAGGAGGCCUUCACGCACAUUAAGCGUGUGCACAAUGAACCAGCCCCGGCUAUUCCGCUGGAUCCGCAGGAAGCUGCCCAAGCGGUCUUCCCAUCAAUGGCUCGUGCUCUGCAGAAGUAUCUGCGUGUCACGCGACAACAGCCACGGCAUACGGUGGAGUCAAUCCUCAAACACUUAGCGCACUGUCUGAAGCACGAUUUAGCCCCGCGUGCCUUCCUGGAGCCCUACCUCGUGGAAUUUCCGGUGAUGCAGAGUGAAAAGGAACGUCGCCCAGUGCAAUCGUGGUCACUCAUUUGCGAUGAACUCCUCUCGCGGCCUCUGUCCGACGGGUGCUCCUUCCAGCUCAUCCAGAGUGACAUCUCCCUCGUUGUCACGGUGCACCGUUUGCCGCAUUUUCACGUCUCCGAGGAGGUUGUUGAUCCCAAAAGCAACAAAUUUGUCCUCAAACUCAAUUCAGAGACGAGUGUGUGACAGGAGGAGGAGAAUGCCUACAAUUGGCAUCAACUAAUGCACGACGAGGCCAACGAUAGGACAUACGAUGAGAUUAUUUAUCAAUUUAUCUAGUGAUUAAUCGAGGAAAUCUAUUAUCUUGCUCUAUUAAGGUAAAACAUAUCGAAUCUUUGAAGAUUUUAUAUUUUCUUUCAAAAGAUGGUUCUAUACUUUUUCAUAUCUCUAGUUAUAUUUAAGUUUAUUUUUUCUUUGAAUUGUUUCUAAAACAAAGCACAAAUCACACAAGACGUACUUUCUUCUCAUGCAAAAUGUGAUUUAUUUAUUAAUUGCAUUCACUUGGGAGAUGGAUUGAUUGGAAUUUUUUAUUCAAAGUCUGGGAGGAACAUUAUUCAUUUAACCAAUCAAAUUGAAGGUAAGACUUCUUGUUGAAGGUUAAGUGAAGAAGAAGAAGAAUAAAAAUUCUCUCUGAUUGGUUGAGAAUCUCAAGCAGAAUGGCCAUUGGAUGAUUCAUGCACAGCUUGAGUGCAAAGUUAGCUUGAAUGGAAUUUUGAUGUGUUUUUUUUUUUAGAUAAGAUCGGUCAUAUGCUGAAAUUUAAAUCAAUUUAGAGAAAACUUUCAUUUUAUGAAAAAUAAAAACAUUCAGUAUUUUUUUUAUAUUAUAACAAAUUCAGCAAAAAAAAUUAAUCUGAAUUUUAAAAUUAAUUUAUAAUUAUUUAAAAAAAAAACUCAGUUUAAAUUAUAAAUUAACAGUCAAAUUCAAUAAAGGAUAGAAAAAUAAAAUUUUUAUUAAGCAGUUCUAAAUUCAAUUGCUGAAUUAGUUUAUUUAGUUGCUGAUUCUUUUAAUCAAACGUUGAAUAAAUUGUUAAGACACUGAAUUAUUUAUUCGGUUGUCAAUACUUCAAUUCUGUUGCUAAUAAUUUGAUUCUGCUGCCGAAAAUUUUAUGAGGUUGCUGAAUUUUUUAUUCAAUUUCUGAUAUUUUUAUUCGGUUGCUGAAUUUUUUAUUCAGUUGCUGAUAGUUUUAUUCGGUUGCUGAAUUUUUUAUUCAGUUGCUGAAAAUUUUGUUAAGUGGUGAAAUAUUUUAUUUAAUUUCCUAACAAUUUACGUAUUCAGUUGCUGACUAUUUUAUAUGGUUUCUGAAUAUUUUAUUCAAUAGCUGAUAAUUUUAUUCGGUAGCUGAAUUGUUAAUUCGGUCGCAGAAAAUUUUAUUUUCUUCCUGAUUUAUUUUUAGUUUAUUAAUAUUUUAUUCGGUUUCUGACUGUUUUAUUUAAUUUCUCAAUACAUUAUUCAGUUACUGAUACUUUAUUCGGUUACGAUUAAUUUUAUUAAGUUGUGAAACAUUUUAUUCGGUUGCUGAUAAUUUUAUUCCAUUGCUGAUUAUUUUAUUCUGCUGCUGAAAAUUUUAUUUAGUUUCUGAAUAUUUUAUUCGGUUGCUGACAAUUUUAUUCCAUUGCUGAUUAUUUUAUUCUGCUGCUGAAUUGUUAAUUCGGUUGCUGUAUUUUUUUAUUCGAUUUCCAAAAAUUUAAUUUGGUUGCUGACAACUUAUUUUUUUUUUUUUUCAGUUGCCGAAUAUUCUAUUUAGUUUCUGAUUGACUUAAGAAGUAUUCAAUUGCUGGAAAUUUUUGUUCAAUUAGUAACCAUUUAAUAACCCUAAUUUUAUUUAAAUUCCAACUCAUUCCCCAUCUUUCCUUCUGAAUGCAAUUUUAAAUAAAAAAUCUCUCACAAUAUCUCCCUGUCCCUUUAAGACUUGAUAGAUAGUAAAAAACAUUUUAUAUAUUUAUAUAAAAAAAUAAAAAAAUAAGCAUUUUUAUAUCAAAGCAUUUCUUUAGAGAGAAAGAGAAAAAAAAGUAUUUAUAUAAUUAAGAUUAUACGAGGCAUUUGAGAAUAGUAUUAUAGUGGCUUUUUAUAUGCAUUUUCUCUAAAAAAAAAAAAAACAAUAAAAUUAAUGUAUCUCGUGGUAUGAUGAUGAACCCUUUUUGGGAUUAAAAAAAACGGAUAAAACUAAUAUACAAUAUAUUUAAUUAAAAUGUACAGAGACCAGUUACUCGCACAGAGUUCCAGUAAAGAGUUCGAUCUAAAAGUAUUUAAUAAGGUAAAAUAUAACUUUUUUCAUCACAUUUUUGUACAUUAUAUUGAUCUUUGAUAAUUAAGCUUUUGCAGGAAUUGUAAUUGCUGUACUAUGAGAGAGGAAAUAAAUGAGAAAAUAAAUAAA